AUAAAUCCCGUGACCCCGUGUGAUCGAACAGCUAAACUUGGUGGAUUAAGUGAAAUUAGAAAAGUUCUUAGAAAAACAUCAAAAACCGCCUGAAAAGGCGAGUCUUUUCGUCCCAGUAAUUGCCAAAAAUACUGCAAAAAUGGCGGACCGAACAAAUCUAAAGGAAAUCAUCCCUGCGCUACCUGAUGAGAAAAUCGAUAUGCUGGCUGCAACGAGCGUUUUGCAGCAGCAAGCUGCAGAUAUCAGGAAUCAACGAAUCAAUUGGCAGUCGUAUCUUCAAUCACAAAUGAUAUCGAAAGAAGAUUAUGACUUCAUAGUAGCCUUUGAUACAAGUGAUACAGCAGCGAGGGAAGCAAAACUAAAAGAAAAUCCAAACCAAGCCGCAAAAACGUUUUUGAAUCUACUUGGCCAUGUCUCCAAAGACCAAACUAUUCAGUAUAUUCUUACAAUGAUCGACGAUAUGUUACAGGAGGAUCGUAGUCGUGUCGAAAUAUUUCGGGAGCACUCAAACCGUAAGCGAGAAUCGGUUUGGGGACCAUUUUUGAAUCUGCUGAACAGACCUGAUGGAUUUAUCAUGAACAUGACUUCUCGAAUAAUUGCCAAACUUGCUUGCUGGAGCCACGAGCUAAUGGAAAAAACUGACCUUCAAUUCUACUUAACGUGGCUCAAGGACCAGUUGAAAUCAAACAACAACGAAUACAUUCAAUCAGUGGCGAGGUGCCUCCAAAUGAUGCUGCGUAUUGACGAGUACCGUUUCGCUUUUGUCUCUGUGGAUGGAAUUUCUACUUUGUUGGGUGUUCUCAAUGGCAGAGUUAAUUUCCAAGUACAAUACCAACUCAUCUUCUGUCUUUGGGUCCUAACCUUCAACCCUCUCUUGGCAGAGAAAAUGAACAAUUUCAUUUUUCAGAACCUAAUUGAAAAAGUUGGCGAUGCCCAAGUCGCAAAGGAACAUUGUAUCGCAAUGGUUCAAAGCAAAGUUCUCAAGCAGCUUUCGAUUUUGGGCCAGCGCAAAUUCGACGACGAGGAUAUUACCGGAGAUAUCGAAUUUUUGAAUGACAGACUCCAGGCAUCAGUCCAAGACCUCAGCUCCUACGAUGAAUAUUCUACAGAAGUGAAAUCCGGUCGCCUCGAGUGGUCUCCCGUCCAUAAAUCGGCGAAAUUCUGGCGAGAAAAUGCCAGUCGUCUCAACGAAAAGAACUACGAGCUGCUUCGAAUUCUCGUUCAUUUACUCGAAACUAGCAAAGAUCCUCUCGUUCUCAGUGUUGCGAGUUUCGACAUCGGCGAAUAUGUUCGACACUAUCCACGUGGCAAGCACGUAAUCGAACAAUUAGGAGGAAAGCAACGUGUGAUGCAACUUCUGAGUCAUGAAGAUCCUAACGUUCGAUACGAAGCUUUGUUGGCAGUUCAGAAAUUAAUGGUUCACAAUUGGGAAUAUCUUGGAAAGCAACUGGAAAAGGAACAGGGAACUCCAGCCCAGGGAGGAAAAUCUGGAUCGCAAGUUCCUGCGAAAGCCUAAAUCGUAAACUUCCAAAAUUUUCCAAUAACACGAGAGUAGUUUAUCUGACGCUUGUUUAGUCACCCCCUAGUGACUCAUAAAUUUCUACACGUCACAGGGUCUUACUAAAAUAUACUUCAGCAAUCUACGAAAAAAAAGCAAAUGACCUUUUUAAAGAUGAAAGGCCUUUAUCGCUUAAUGAACAGUCAGUCACGUGUUUCUCAAAAUUGUACAAAAGUAUUUUGAAAAUCAGGUGUUCACAUUCCAUGUAAAGAGAAAUUCGAAGCGGGAAAUACUUUCCUAAUUGAAUAACGGUAAAUAUCGAAAGUUGUUUUUGUCGUGUGGUGGUCCUCAGACUUUUUAAUUUUACUAUACUGUAAACAAAUCAGUUAAUUGAAUUUACUGCCGAACGGCGAAAAUAUGAAUAUGAAAUCAUGUAAAUACACACAAGUACCAGUUUGAAACUGUGUCCAGAUGUGCAAAAUGAAUUUGUAAUAUAAUGUUAUUGUUGUUGUAUCUUAAAAGCCUCGAGUAUUAGCAAAUAAAAAUAUCAUUCGAA